CAGUCGCAUCGCGCACAUGCUGGCGUGAACACGAAUUCAGCGCUAGGACUUCGCGCGAAAUGGCGGGAACUUUCUGACAACUUUCGUAAUAUAGUACGCAAUCGUAUCUCAAGAUUUUUCUAAGAAUAAAGUAAACAAUUUAUAACGUGAAUAUUAUUAACAAUAAUGUUGUUGUAGUUUUGAAACAUGUUCGAACAGUGUUAGAUAUUUCAACGACUCUACAAUUAUUUUAUUCAAAUACAAUGUUAAUAAACAGUAUGAAAACGAGACAGCGUUUAGGAUGCAGUAAAUAUUUGCUACCAUAAAAAUAUAUAUUUAAAAUGAAAAAAUUAAAAGAAGAGUUUGUGAGCGCUAAAGUAUCAUAGACAAAUAUCCGAUGUCGGGCCCGAAAGAUUCCGUGUCAUAGACAAUGCACAACUUUCUCCAAGCGGCUAUAGUGUCGGCAUUACUGCAAAUAUUAUUCUCCUUUACAGCCGUGAGUGCCGUCAGCUGGGAGGAAUGGUGGACGUACGACGGUAUUUCAGGUCCGGCGUUUUGGGGCUUGAUAAAUCCGGAAUGGUCGUUAUGCAACAAGGGACGGCGGCAAUCGCCAGUCAACCUGGAGCCAGAAAAACUGCUUUUCGACCCCAACCUACGAUCUUUGCACAUAGAUAAGCAUAGGAUAAAUGGAUUAAUAAGCAAUACGGGUCACUCGGUAAUUUUUACCGUGGAAAAUGAGACUAGACAUCACAUCAACAUCACGGGAGGUCCGCUCUCAUACAAGUAUCAAUUCCAUGAAAUCCAUAUACAUUACGGAUUGCACGAUCAGUUCGGUUCAGAGCACGCCAUCAAUGGUUAUUCAUUUCCUGCAGAGAUUCAAAUAUUUGGUUUCAAUUCGCAGCUUUAUUCAAACUUUUCCGAAGCUCUGCACAAAGCUCAAGGAAUUGUUUCAAUAUCUUUACUUUUACAGCUUGGUGAUUUGUCGAAUCCAGAAUUACGGGUACUGACGGAGGAAUUAGAAAAUAUUAAAUACGGAGGAGCCGAGAUGCCGGUCAAUAAGUUAUCCGUACGGGGUCUUCUGCCAGACACCGAAUACUACAUGACAUAUGAUGGCUCCACGACGGCGCCUGCUUGCUUCGAGACGGUCACGUGGGUGAUUGUCAAUAAACCAAUUUAUAUUACAAAGCAACAAUUGCACGCUCUUCGGCGACUAAUGCAAGGCGAUGCGCGUCAUCCAAAAGCACCGCUUGGCAACAACUUCCGGCCACCCCAGCCGCUACACCACCGCGCCGUGAGAACAAACAUCGACUUCGAUUUGAGCAGGUAUCCUGGAAAGACUUGCCCGAGUAUGCAUCGAGAUAUGCACUAUAAAGCCAAAAGCUGGACACAAUAUUGAAGAAAGUUUAAGUUGAAACGGUAGGCAUUCAUGUACACUAAUUAGUUGCUACGUAGAAAAUAUUUAUAGAAAUUAAGUGAUUGUAAAUAUUCCCUUGUACAGUUCUAUAAUAUAUCUUGCUUAUGACAAAUGGAGGUAAAGUAAGGCUAGAUAAGUGUUGUAAUUAAGUAAAUAUCGAAGGCAUUGAAUAGAGCUGAAGUAUGAAUAGCUUCCGGUAGAGUUUUAUUGUGAUGAUUAUUCGAAUUAGAUGUUACACUUGAUAUUUCAUAACGGCCUCUAAAUAGGUAGGACAUACAUACAUAUUUUCGGAUAGAUUGUUUAAACUAUAACAUUGGUCUCGCUGUCAGUACAUAGUACCUAAUGAAGUAGUAUUAUUAUAUCUUUAUAGACUAUAUUUAAAUAAAUACUUUAGUACUUAUAAUGUAAACUAAACGGUUUUGUAUCCUUUACAAAAGUAGCUAUAUCAUGUUGUUAUAUCAGGCAUUUCACUAGUAAUUUUGAAACAAAAUUGUUCAUUUUUAAACGCUUAUUAUGUAUUUUGUGAAUAAGAAUUAGUAAGUUCAAUGAAAAACAUAUCGAAUAUAAUUUUGUUUUCAUUAUAGUCAAUCAAAAGAAAUAAAAUUCAAUUAUUAAAGAAUUUAGAGAUGUUAUCAUAUCAAAAUAUAAGAAUAUGUAAAUUAGAGUAAAUAAUAACUUUUAUGACUGUACUUAUAAAUAAAUAAACAAUUUAAUACAACUACGCUAUGACAUCUAUAGCUUUAACAAGAAAUGUAUCGAUAAUUAGGCAUAUUUUAUUGCUACCAAUGUAAUAAUACUGAAUUUUCAUGAUCAUAUAAUGUAUAUCGCCUGGCUUAUUAAGCUCCUAUUAGAAAGUAUUAUUAUUUGAAUAAAUUAUAUC